AAAUACCCGCAUUCGAUUACAGGUAAUCGUCUUCAUAUACAAAAGGAAGAUCCGAAACCCUAGAAAUCGAAGAAUUGCUCUCGUAGAUUCGCAUAAAAGUCGAUAAUUCCGAGCUAUCGCACCGAUCAAAAACCCCAUUUCAUUUCUCUGGCCCACUCCAGUCUCAUUCCGUUGAAAUAUUAUCAGAUCUGAGAUUAAUAUUCACCCAAUUUACCCUUUUCCGAAUGUCACGGUUGAACUGUCUCUAGAAGCUCCAUCUCGAUUAGAUUUUUGUACGAGGAGAUCGUUUAUUGUUUAGGAAUUUAGAUUAAAGCAUAAUCCGAUUGGUUUAAUGGUUGGAAUGGGUCGGAUUUUUCAGGAGACGUCGAAACCCUCGUUUUCAUCAGCUCCCCCUACUUCGCCGCAACCGACAACUUCGACAUCUGUAAUAGAGACCGUCAACGGAUCUCACGAUUUCAAGAUCACGGGUUAUGCUUUGUCCAAGGGAAUUGGGAUUGGGAAAUACAUAGCGUCGGAUACGUUUAUGGUCGGCGGGUAUUCUUGGGCCAUUUAUUUCUACCCCGACGGGAAGAGUGUGGAGGAUAAUGCUACUUAUGUUUCUCUUUUUAUUGCGUUAGCUAGCGAGGGGACAGAUGUGAGGGCCCUUUUUGAGCUUACGCUUCUGGACCAAAGUGGAAAGGAGAGACACAAAGUCCAUAGCCAUUUUGGUAGGGCGUUAGAGAGUGGGCCUUAUACUCUUAAAUACCGAGGCAGUAUGUGGGGAUACAAGCGUUUUUUCAAAAGAACUGCCUUGGAAACAUCGGACUACUUGAAAGAGGAUUGUCUUCAUGUUCAUUGUUGUGUUGGUGUCGUUAAAUCUCACACAGAGGGACCUAAGAUCUACUCAAUACCAUUUCCACCAUCAGAUAUCAGUCAGCAUUUUGGGCAGCUCCUGGAAAGUGGAGAAGGGGCUGAUGUGAAUUUUGAGGUUAAUGGAGAAACCUUUUCUGUUCACAAAUUGAUUCUUGCUGCUCGUUCACCUGUGUUUAGAGCGCAAUUGUAUGGUCCAAUGAAGGAUGAAGAUACAAAGUGUAUAAAGGUUGAGGACAUGGAGGCACCUGUUUUUAAGGCUCUUCUUCAUUUUAUAUAUUGGGACAUGCUACCGGACAUGAAAGAGCUCACCGGAUUGAACUCAAUGUGGGCUUCAACCUUGAUGUCGCAGCAUCUUCUUGCUGCUGCUGAUAGGUACGGUCUAGACAGGCUUAGAUUGCUCUGUGAAGCUAGCCUCUGUGAGGAUGUUUCUACAAGUACUGUCGCAACAACACUGGCGUUGGCAGAACAACACCACUGUUUCCAGCUGAAAUCUGUGUGUCUAAAAUUUAUUGCACAACCUGAAAAUCUUAGAGAUGUGAUGCAGACAGAUGGUUUCGAGUACCUCAAGGAAAGCUGCCCCCAAGUGCUGACCGAAUUGUUGGAAUAUGUUGCCCGGGUCAGUGAACACUCGAUACCUGUAGGGAUUGAAAGUGGUAUCCCUGAUGGAAGCGACGCCAAUGGCAGACGAGUGAAGCAAAGACUAUAAACAAAGCAGCAGUAGUAGCAGGUACCCCAUAUCCUUUCGAAUGUAAAUGAUUGGUCUUUUGAUGGUGUUGUAAUAUUGUGUACAUCCAUCUAUCCAUCCAUCCACUUCCACUCUCAUCUCAUCUGUGUGUAAAAUUGGAUGCUGUUUUGCCUACGUUAGAUCCUCACUCACUGGUCUUGUGGGGAUGUAAUGUUUUGUUUUGUUUGUAAGUCUGCUAAAAAAGCUUUUCAGAUUGGCAAUGGCUUUUCUUUGUGCUCUUA